AUGACAACAACAACCACAACAACAACGUUAACAACGACUCCGCCAUCGCUCGAGGCGAACCAACGCAAUGAAGAUAACGAUGGUGACGCUGGAGAUGGUGAAGAGGAGGUGGAGAAAAAUAUAAAUGGUGGUGAUGACUUUCGAGAAAGUUCUAGUGCUAAAAAUUCCAGCAAAAGGGUACUAACGAUCAAUAUAUCGCCAAGUUUUAAUGAUUUUUGUAAUCAAAAUAAACGACAACAACAACAACAUCAUCAACAACAACAUCAACAACAACAUCAACAACAACAUCAACAUCAACAUCAACAGCAACAUCAACAGCAACAUCAACAGCAACAACAACCUCUAAUUUGCAACGAUAGUCGAAAAUGCUCGCCAUCAACAUCAUCGUCAACAUCACCGCCAUUUAGUCAGCACGGCAAACAAUUCCAACUCCCAUUCCGUCAUCAAUCCUAUCCGCCUCAUCAUCCUCUUCCUCAUCAUCCUCAUCACUCCCAGCAACAACAACAACACAACAGCAUCCAUCCGAUAAAUCUUCACACUGGUAUCAAUUCCCCGGCAACAACUUCAGCAACAAAAUUUUCGCCACCUUCAACAUCAGCAACAAUGCCAAUCACGUUGAGCAACGACCUCUUUCUUAACGUCAACAACAACAACAACAUUGUUAGCAACAACAACAUUGUCAACAACAACAACAUUGUUAGCAGCAACAACAACAUCACCAACAACAACAUCACAAACAUCAACCCAAACCACAAUUUCUUUGCCAAGGAACCAAACCCCUACCUCCAACAUCCGCAACAUCAUCCCACUCCCAACUUCUACCCAAAUUUUCCGACUUUUCCGGGAUCAAAUUUUCACGGAAACCUCAGUGAUCCUGGAUUACUCCAUCACGGCAAUAUUAAUGGCAAUGCUGGAAGCAGCGGGCUGUUGCAUGGUAGUAUGAGUAGUAUCGGAGGCUGUUUAAACCCUGGCAGUGCCAAUGGUGGUCUAAGUAAUCCCAACGUCCCAAUCUAUCCAUGGAUGCGAUCCUUUGUUGGACCAGAUUUUGGAUUCGACCAGAAGCGAACCCGCCAGACGUACACUCGUUACCAAACUCUGGAGCUGGAGAAGGAAUUCUACUCUAAUCGGUAUCUGACUCGUCGCAGGCGGAUAGAAAUUGCCCAUUCCUUGGCCCUGAGCGAACGACAGAUCAAAAUAUGGUUUCAGAACCGUCGCAUGAAGUGGAAGAAGGAGAACAACGUGCAGAAGUUGACCGGACCGGGAGGAGUCGGAGAUAUUCCGCCGGUUUCGAGUCAGAACCGGAAGGGCGUUCUAUCGUCUGAUGAUGGAGACGAUGAGGAAGAGGAUGAAGAUGAUGAUGGGAAUGCUAAUACGAGUGGCGGGCCUGGUCUUUAAGGGUGUGAUUGAAUGAGUGAGUGGAUGAGCGAAUGAAUGAAUGAACCUUUGAAUCAAAGCGUGAAUGAAUGACGAAUUGAUAGAUGGUUUGAAAUUGACGAGUAAAAGAGAACAAAACUUAUAUAUAUACUUCAAACUUUCUUUUUAAAUUUUUUAACAACAUCAUCAUCAUCAUCAUUCCAUUAUCACCACCCACCAUCUUUCUAUCAACAUCACUCCAACAUCAUAAUCAUCACAACCACCACUUCAUAUUUUCAACACAGUGUAUUAUUUAUUCUCUAUAAGAUCUUCCUAUGUAAAACACGGUGACAAACGUUUAAUGUUUCUCUAUUCAAGUGUCAUUCUAUAUGUGUGUCUUAUUAAAUACAUAUGCGUAUAUAUAUAUAUAUAUAUAUAUAUAUAUAUAUAUAUAUAUAUAUAUAUAUAUAUACAUUUAUAUUUAUAUGUUGUCCCAUAAAUAUAUAUAUACAGUAUUGUUUGAAUUCUACCAAAUUGUUGGAAUAAAUCAAUUUAAGGUUUGUCUUUUCAAUAUUCCUUACUAGACUUUUCUGGAAAAUGUUCAAUUUAUUGUAAAUAGAAUUAUCAUCCUUAUAUUGUAUUGUCAUUAUAGAUAAAAAAUAUGACACCAAAUAAGUAACUCACUUUGCUAAAGAACUGGCUGUGAUUUGUUUAAUCAAACCUGCUCAAAAGAUGAUUUUUGAAAAAUCGAAAUAAGGCCUAUCUGCAUGAGGAAUUCGGAUAACAACAGUUUCAUUAAAUUUUUAUGAUCAACUUGGAUAAGAAUUCUAUUUACAAUAAAUUUAACAAUUUCCAAAAAAUUCUAGCCAGAAAAAUGGAAAAGACAAAGUUUGAAUCGAUUAAUGCCAAAAUUUCGGUAGAAUUCAUAGAAUACUGUAUAAAAUAUGGUCUCUUCCCUAUAUAUAUAUAUAUAUAUAUAUCUUUUUUGGUUAUCUAUAUAUAUGUAUAUAUAUAGUGUAUUAAUUUAUUGACAAAUUGUAACAUUCUGGUAUAUAUAAAUGUGUUUAUAUUUUGAAUUUAUUAAUUUGAAAAAAGAUUUUGAACAAAUUUUCUGUGUUAGUUUGUUUUAUGAAAGAAUCGUUGACAAAUAAAAGUCGAUUAAAUAU